CAUAGAUCUGCAUAUAACACAUUUUUUUCUCGGGUUCAGAUUUGCACACGACACACUAUCUCCUGACUUCUAAGAUGGCGGACACAGCCGGCAAGGUAAUAACAUGUCAAGCUGCUGUGGCGUGGGAGGCCAAGAAGCCCCUCGUCAUAGAAAGGGUGGAAGUGGAGCCACCAAAGGCUGGAGAGGUCCGAAUAAAGAUUCUGCACUCUGGAGUGUGCCAUACAGAUGCCUAUUUACUGGAUGGAUUUGACCCUGAGGGGGCUUUCCCUAUUAUCUUGGGACACGAAGGAGGUGGAGUUGUAGAGAGUGUGGGAGAAGGGGUCACCUCAGUACAACCAGGUGAUCACGUGGUACCUUUAUACAUUCCUCAGUGUAAUGACUGCAAGUUCUGCAAGUCACCAAAGACCAAUCUAUGUGGCAAAAUAAGGACCACCCAGGGUAAAGGCGUGAUGCCGGACGGAACCUCUCGCUUUAAAUGCAAGGGAAAGACUCUCUUCCAUUUUAUGGGUUGCAGUACCUUCAGUCAGUACACUGUUGUUGCAGAGAUAUCAGUUACCAAGAUAAAUCCGUCUGCUCCUCUAGACAAGGCGUGUCUGCUGGGUUGUGGUAUAUCAACUGGAUAUGGAGCUGCUCUUAACACAGCAAAGGUAGAACCUGGAUCCACCUGUGCUAUUUGGGGACUUGGAGCAGUAGGACUGGCUGUUGCUAUGGGUUGUAGGGAAGCUGGUGCUUCAAGAAUAAUAGGCAUUGACAUCAACCCAGAUAAGUUUGAAUUAGGUAAGAAGUUUGGGCUGACAGAGGGGGUAAAUCCUAAGGAUUAUGACAAACCUAUCCAGGAGGUUCUAGUUGGCAUGACAGAUGGGGGUCUGGACUUCACAUUUGAGUGUAUCGGAAAUGUCGCAUGUAUGAGAGCAGCGUUGGAGUCCUGUCAUAAAGGCUGGGGUGUGUCCACUAUAAUUGGAGUGGCUGCUGCCGGUCAGGAGAUCUCUACCCGCCCAUUCCAGCUAGUCACUGGCCGAGUCUGGAAAGGAACUGCUUUUGGAGGUUGGAAGAGCCGAGACAGUGUUCCCAAGCUUGUGGAGGGAUACAUGAACAAGAAGAUAAUGGUGGAUGAGUUUGUGUCUCAUAAUCUUAGCCUGGACAAGAUUAACGAAGCAUUUGACCUGAUGCAUGCUGGCAAAAGCAUAAGGGCUGUUGUUCAGUUGUGAACAGUUUAAAUGCCCACAGUGAAGAGAACCAGACACAAACGCCGACAGAGCAGAGAACCAGGCACAAUAGCUCUGAUUUAAUUGCGUGUGAUUCCGGUGGUUGAUUGUAUAUUUGACAUUUUGUUAAUUUGUUUUGGUGCAAAACUGUUUAAUCCGAAAGUAUUAUUAUGUAUUCACGCUUGAUACAAUGAUGCUAAUGAUAAAUAAAAUGAUGAUAAUAAUGAUAAGUUGUACAAAAUGUAUAACUGAUGAAGGAAAAUAAUAAAGUACUGCAAUUAUG